CUUGGACGAUAGUAGAGCAUGCUCUACUUUCCAUCCAAGUAUUUUCUCCCUUAACCAAUCAGCGUCUUAGGUUUAAUGACGUCAACAAGCGGGCAUAUAUAAUUGUUUCUUGUCUGUUUUCAUAUAUUCUGUUAUUUUAAUCUCUCCCGAUCGUUUUCGUUAAUUUUUAUUCUCCGGAAUAUAAUUUUGUGAUUGUUGCCUUCAUAAUGGAAUGGAAUAAAAAUACUGUCUACAAACUCAUUGCUGAGUACAAGGAAAGACCAGAACUGUGGGACAGUAAUAUCCCAUCAUAUUCCGAUCGCUAUAUCAGAGAGAAAUCUCUAAAUGAUAUUGCUAAGCUGUUUGAAACAGAUGUUGAGAAUGUAAAAAAGAAAAUAAACAAUCUGCGGACGCAGUUUUUAGAUAAUCAGAAAAAAGUGAUCGAAUCAAGGACAAGUGGAGCUGGUCUCGAUGAUGUCUUUGAGCCAAAGUGGGUAUACUAUAAAGAGUUGAUGUUUUUGAAACAAAGUACCGUUCCUCGUGACAGCAGGAAUAAUUUAAAGCAAAAACAGAAGGAAAUCGAGCGAACGUUUGAAGACGACUCAACUGAUGAAGAUCCCUAUUUGGAGACCAAUCUAAACUCAUCAAACACAACACCAACCCAGCCUCGAAAAAGGAAGUGUACACAGGAGGGAGAUUUGAUGGCUGCAGCAACAGCAGCCAUUAACAAUGUUGCCAGGAAAGAUGAUUUGGACUGUUUCGGCUCCUACAUCGCAGCGGAGCUAAGAACUUUGUCACCAAGGAGCCGGACAGUCGCCAAAUCGCGUAUUUUUAAUACUCUUAUGGAGUACAAAAAAUAAUUAAAUCAUUUAUUUAAAUUCAGUUUUUUUUACCCAUCAUUUUAACCAGAAAUCAUACAGUAUCAACAUUUCUUAUUGCACCAGUUGUUGGAUAUCAUUAAUUUUCAGAAAAAUAAUGUAUUGCAGACAACAAAU